GACUCAAGUUCCAGAGUUUAUCCUGACUGACAAGCUAGUGACAGACUCAAAAAUUUCUAAAGAAAAUUCUUUUAUAUUCUCCAUUUAUUUAGAGAAUUGUCACAAUUUUUUAAAUCAACAGCACAAAGGGCAACACGAAUACUGAUUGUAUUAAUGUCUGAGUUGCCUCUUACAUUGUGUACAGAGUUUAACCUGCCUUUUAUUGGUUAGCUAUCUACCCCAUUGGUCUCCUAUCUAAAAACAACAUGACUGUUAAUAAUACAGAAGGCUUUGAAUAUAACUAUGAUUAUGAAGAUGAACUGUGUCACAAAGAAGAAGUGGUGAAAGUUGGAUCCAUUCUUAUUCCACUGUAUUUCACACUUGUGGUUGUGCUGAGCUGCAUCGGUAACAUCCUGGUUCUGGUCAUCUUAGCGCUCUACGAGAGUCUCAAAUAUAUGACCAACGUUUUUAUCCUCAAUUUAGCUCUGUCAGAUUUACUGUUCACUUUUGGACUUCCAUUCUGGGCGUCUUACCACAUCUGGGGCUGGACAUUUGAAGACAUCGGCUGCAAAGCUGUGAAAUUCCUGUUCUACGUUGGGUUUUACAGCAGUGUGUUCUUCUUAACUCUGAUGACCAUUCAACGAUACAUGGCAGUUGUUCACCCUCUGUCCGACUGGGAGAAAUGCAGAGGGUUUUCAGUCUCUCCCAUUAUCGUGUGGAUCCUGAGUGGAUUGGCUGCACUGUUAGGCUCACUUCAUAGCAAAGUCCUACGAGACCAAUCUACUAACAUCACAUAUUGUGAAUAUGAUAGUAUUGAAGUGAAACAUGCCAUUAUUUAUCUUCAAAAUGUUUUUUUCUUCAUUGCAUUUGUGAUUAUGGGUUUUUGUUAUACCAGAAUGCUUCAGACGAUAACAAAAGCACGGACCAAAAAGAGACACAAGACUGUUAGACUAAUUUUCUGCAUUGCGCUGGUGUUUUUUAUUGGUUGGGCUCCAUAUAACAUAGUUAUGUUCCUAAGAUCUUUGACCGAUCAUAGUGUAUACCUGUUCACGAAAUGUACAAUAAGCAUUAACCUUGACUAUGCAUUUUAUGUUUGCCGAUUGUUGGCUUUCUCACACUGUUGCUUGAACCCUGUUUUCUAUGUUUUUGUUGGAGUAAAGUUCAGGAAUCAUUUGAAAAUGAUACUGCAGACAAUUUUUCAACAAAAAAAAAACUUCAAUUCCAACCAAGACAAAUUGGCAAAAAAUCAUUCACAGGGUUCAAUGUACUGACAGAAACCUUGAGUACGUUCACCGAAUGCAACGAGCCUACAAGGAGUUCUAAAAUACCGUGUGAAAUUGAAAAUUGAGUUGCACGGCACUCUGAAUGAAUGAAUGAAUUUACGUUACAUUUAUAUAGUGCUUUUCUGACACUACACUUAAAUCGCUUUACACAGUGAACAGGGGACUCUCCUCAACCACCACCAGUGUGCAGCAUCCACUCUGGAAUACUUCAUUCUAAUAUCUGAGUCAGAUAAUUUUGUAUUGCGACUGCGAAACUAUAUAAUUGACCGUUGUCCCAGGCAACUGAUUUUGCGCAUACCUGUGCUAGUUUCAAAAAAGCUUGUACCUUUAUAUAUACUGUGUGCAUAUAUAUAUAUAUAUAUAUAUAUAUAUAUAUAUAUAUAUAUAUAUAUAUAUAUAUUAGGUUGUAAUGCUAAAUUGUAUGGCAGCUGUAGUCCUGCCUUAAAGUUAAAAGAGCCAAUCCUCUGUUUGUUUACUCUAGAACUCAUUAGGUGGACGAGCAUGACAAAUACCUUAUUAACCUUAUUUGAGCUAAAGUUGCACAUUUUAUGAUACUGUUGUUGUCAGAGUUUUUUCCUGAUUUGAAAUAUGUUAUUUGAACAUUGCUUUGAUCAACAGUUUUGGAAAUGUAGGUCUUUCCCCAUUCAAGUAAAUGGGCGUUGUACUAGCAUGACUGGAAACAGCUAGUCGAAGGCGUUUCAAAAAUGGCUGCAGAGUGAAGUGACUUGCCUCAAAGGGAAUUAGUUCUGCAAUCUCUUUCCUUUCAUAUCAUAAAAUUAUUUCAUCUUAAACCCAUAUUUCAUGUCCAUUUAUUUAUGUAUUUGCUAUCAUGCUAUUUUAGUGUUUAUUUAUUGAUGUGCUAGAUUAUUUGAAAAUGUUUCUUGAGGCAUGCAAAGCAGAUUUCUGCCAAUAUACUGGAACUGAAACCUUUAAAUCUGCAUGGUUAAAUUAAAAUCAAUGAAUUAAAAAGAAACUGUAAAGAUCUCACAGUAAUGAUAGGUACAAUAUAACCACACUUCUAAAUAAUUUCUUCAUUAUGGAGCAAUAAGAGCACUCAUUGAAAAGGAAACCUUUCAUAAACUAAAAAUUGUAUUCUCGUAAUUAUAAACUGUGUUCUUCUUCUUUUUUGAGAUUGGCAAGGAACCACCAAAUACAUAGGUUCCCUAUUUUGUGAAAUCUUAAAUAUAAAUCACAAUUUUACUUCAGAGUGUGUUAUGAAACAAAUUUUCCAUUUUCUUGCAAGUGUUGUGGUUAAUUAGGGCAGUGGUAACUCAGUGGUUAAGGCUCUGGGUUACUGAUCAGAAGGUUGGGGAUUCAAGCCCCAGUUUUUUUUUUUGUUUGUUAAACAGGAAAAUGCUGUCUGACCGACAUGUAAAGCAACUGACCACAGUUUUAGUAUCAACAAUACCACAAUGUGCAACUCAACUCUUUGCACAGGUUAUACAGACAACACUUAAGAAAUGAGUGAAAAAUGGUGCCAAAUGCAAAAUAAGAUGUGUGACUUUCUUUUUUCAGCAGAACAUAUAGGAAGAUUUUUUAGAAGAAUAUCUCAGCUCUGU